CCGGGCUCUGCUUGCCUCUGCCUCUCUCCCCCCCUGCUUCUCACUUUCACUCCCAUUGGUUUCAUGUUCCCCGUGCCACGCGGAAAAGCCUGCGAGCUUAUCCAGCCCAGCAGCGGGGUUUAUCCUGGUUCCACCCACUGGGACUUUCCUGGCUUCCUUCUGCACCGAGAGGGGGGAGGCAAAGCCGUCGGGAGGCAGGAGCCGGCCCCGGGCAGCGCAGGGAGCGCGGUGCUCCCGCUCUCCCUGCCGGGUUUCUAUUGUAGGCGGUGCAUUCCUCGGGAGGGAGGGAGGGUGUGUGUGUGUGGCGGUGCCUUCCCACACUCGGGGCAGCUCUUAUUUAAUGGGGGUCUCCAUGCAGGCCAGGCACCACAAGAGGAUUGGCAGUGCCCGGCUCUCUCGGAGAACGAGCCCGGCGCUGCUGCCAUGGAGGGUGUGGUGGAGAUCGGCCCGGAGGCUGCGGCUCCCGGCAUCGGCCAAAGCGCCGGGAUGCACCUCCGCAAGGAUUUGAGGAGGAUACGGUGCGCGCUGCUGCUGUGCCUGCUCGCGGUGCUGCUGCUCAUGCUGCCCACCGCUUACCUGCUGAUCGGGAACCUGCGAGCGCCCAGCUCCUGUGGCAGCCAGGUCACAGAGGAGAGAGGCUCUCACUUUCUGAAGCAACGAGCAGUAGCUGCCGUUACAGACACACUUUCCAGCGCAGAGAAGCCACGAGCUCACCUGACAGUGAAGAAGCAGGACCUGGCCAGCACCGUGGGGAGCCACCUGCCCAUCCUGCAGUGGGAAGACAAGCGAGGCCUGGCCUUCACCAAGAACAACCUGAGUUAUUCCAGCAACGCUCUGGUGAUUCCUGUGUCUGGGGACUACUAUGUGUACGCUCAGGUCACCUUCCGAGGGCCCAUUGAGAGUAGCACCAAGCCCAACUCUGUCACCGAGAUCAUCACCAAGGUCACCGACAGCUACCCCGAGCCCACCCAGCUGCUGACGGGCACCAAGACCCUCAGUGAGAACAGCAAUGGUUGGUUCCAGCCCAUUUAUCUGGGCGCUGUUGUCUCCUUGGAGGUGGGAGACAAGCUGAUGGUCAACGUGAGUGACAUCAAGCUGGUGGAUUACACCAAGGAGCACAAAACUUUCUUUGGGGCCUUUUUGCUGUAGGGCUCUGGCAGCAGCUGGUGGGGAUCCCUCCAGGGUCGUUGGGGGGACCUCGUUGGACUCUGGCUUUGUGGGCGCGUGUUGGGGUGAGAUCUCUGCUGUUUUCCUUCUUUUUCUUCUGUACCAUCACUCCUCUGCAGCUCGCUAGAGCCUUAAUUUAAUGGGUAGGGAAAGGUGAAGCUGUAGGUUGAAGUGAAAUAACCCCCUCAAAAAAAACCAACAAAAACCAACCAAAAAGUAACUUAAAAAAAACUCCCCCCCCCAAAAAAAAACCAAAA